AUGUUUAUAUUGCAAAGUAUUAGCUCCGACGACCUUACUUCUAAAAUAAGCGAAGAGUCCGAGAAACAAGAAACAAGGAAGGAAAAGGUCCUUAGAUGGGCAGAUAGCAUUGAUAUGGCGAGAGCCCUCGCUCCCUCAGUUGGUUCAAGAAUAUUGUAG